UCCUACUCAACCCAAUUCUCCAUAAUUCCACUUCUCUCUCUACACUUCAUUCUUUUGCUACAUUUUAGUCCAUAUCUUUUUGCUUAUCUAGUGUAAUCAACCAGUUAACUACAUGCCAAACUAGCAAAACUUCCAAAAGUGUACCUAAUUGUUCAAUAACUUGAGUGAUUAGUGUUAAGUGAAUUGAUAAAAAUGGAGAGUAGUUUGAGUUGGGAGCAGCAGACAUUGAUAAGAGAGCUAAUUGAAGGAAUGGAGUUGGCAAAACAGUUAAGGGUACAUUUGAAUUCAACUGCUUCAGUUGAAACUGGAGACUGUUUGAUACAGAGGAUUUUAACUUCUUAUGAGAAGUCUCUGUUGAUUCUUAACUGGAGUGGCUCACUGUGUCAGCAACAGAAUGCUGUUACUGUUAGUGGUACACGUGGCAAUGUUACUACUGCUGGUGGUGGUGUUCCAGAGUCUCCUAUGUCUGUUAAUGGAAGUCCUCGAAGUGAUGAGUUUGAUGGUGUUCAUCAGAAUGCAUCCAAGAAGAGAAAGACAAUGCCAAGAUGGACUGAUCAAGUUAGAGUGAACCCUGAGACUGGACUUGAAGGACCUCAUGAUAAUGGCUAUAGCUGGAGAAAAUAUGGGCAGAAAGACAUUCUUGGAGCCAAAUAUCCAAGGAGCUAUUACAGAUGCACCUACAGAAAUACACAGAACUGCUGGGCUACUAAACAAGUACAAAGAUCAGAUGACGAUCCGAUGGUAUUCGAGAUCACAUACCGCGGAAACCACACUUGUUCUCACGGCCAACAAUCAGUUCCGACACCAGCAUCUCCGGAAAAACAAGAACAGAAACAAAACAAUAGCAAUAACCACAAUCAACAACAACAACAACAUUCACAAGAUGCACUUUUGAACUUGCAAAAGAAUCUGAGAGUUUAUACUGAGGACCUAGAAAAUAAAGAUUCCGUAUUUCCCUUCUCGUUUCCUCCCGCUUAUGGAAGCAUGAAAACUACAAGCAGUUAUUCUCCGUCUUUCAUUUCUCCAGCUACACCUGAACCAAACUACUAUUCAGUUUCACCAUUUCAGAUGAACAAUCAUGUAGGAUUUCAAAAUUUUCACCGCUCCGAUUCUGAUUUCACUGAUAUUAUUUCUACCAAUACUUCAGCUGCAAAUUCUCCAAUCGUGGAGCCAGACUUCUCACUUCAGGCUGUGGAAUUUGAUCCAAACUUUCCAUUCGACACAGCAGGAUUUUUUUCUUAAACCCAUCUUAACACUUCAAAGUCUUUUUUGUCUUUCAGUAAUCAGAGUAGCCUAGCUUUUAUGAGAAAUGAGAAGAGGAGGCAUGUAAAAUAGAUAUAGUAACAACAUUGUUGUAAAAUUGUGAAGUUUUCAAAUAAAUGACAAGAAUAACUUUAUGAGUUA